CUUGAAAGCAGCAUUGGGCUGAGUCUUGUGAGAGUGACGAAACUGAGAAGAGAAGACAGCAGCUUGAAAACAAAGAGCAGUAAGGGAAAGUCUCUCUCAGCUCCAGCACCGUUAGUUAGUCUCCUCUGAGUUACACGCUGUAUAUCUUAUACUGCAUAUCUUAUCUAGCUUCUCUGUGGACGGAGGCAGAGCAUCUUCAAAAUUAAAGUACAACCUCAACAUUCAGGCUUUCGUCACUGAAGGUCAAUAGGUCAAUCCGUCCUCCACUGAUUUCAUCAGGAGCUUUUUCUUUCACGAUGAACGUGUCCCAGACGAUGGAGACAGAGGAGGAGUUCCUAACUUGCCUCUACAUCAAGCUUUACCACCCUCUCCAGAGUUGUAAGGGCCUUUACGGGCUGCUUCCUCUGGGGACCAAGAUCAAACACUCAGGGGAUGACCCUCUCAGGCUGGGACGUGACGCCCAGGCCUGCACCUUCGCCCUGGUCGACGUCCGGGUGUCCCGCAAACAGCUGGCCCUCCACGCCUACCGCACACCGCAGAGCCCAGACAUGCUGUUCACCAUCCAGAACUUGAGCCAGAAGGGGCGGCUGGCAGUGAACAGCUCCGCGCUGGGCUACCUGGAGAGGAUGGACCUCCCAGACAAGGCCCUGAUCCGGUUCGGGGAGUAUGAGAUGCUGAUCAUCCGUGAAUCCGGCGAGGCCAAGGGGAGCUUCGAGGUGGAGUUUGAGGUGCUGACAGUGCCUCCGUCCAGAGAGACAUGCACCAGUGUGCCCAGUAUGACACCCGUCAUGGAGACUGGCUCACGUGUGAUUAACAGUUUCCCAGGAGAACUCAAGAGUUGGCCAACUUGGCCCUCUUGAGACUGAUGAGACCGUCAUGUGUCAUUCAUGAUGUUGCGACUUUUUACUUUGCCAUUGGCUUGAACUGAAGGGGAUACAAAGUACUGUGUGGUUGUUCCUUUAGAGUUACAGCAGGCUUGGAUAAAUCCCUCUUUGUAAAGUGAAAUCAUAGUAUUAUUUAGCAUUAAAUAUAUUGUAUAUAUAUUUCUCCAUGUCUAUUGAUCAUAAAGCUGUGAUCUUUAUAUAUAUCAGCUAGUUUUGAAAGUGUAAAUGCUGUGACUUCUUAAAGCUGUUCAUUUCUACAUUAUCU